AAAAAUGGAUAUAUUUCUUAAACCAAUCAGAACUAGCCAAAAUAAAAAAUAUUUUCUACUGAUAAUUCAACUAUUUCUCCACAAAGUACCAUAAAAUAUUUUUUCUUAAUAUUAUACUCUCACCAUUUUAUUUUACACAUGAUUUUAAGGACAAUAUUGAAUAACAAUUAAAACGUUGGCAAAAACUAAAAUAAAAUAAAAAACCUUUCCAAUUUUCUUUUUUCUUUAUUUACUAUCUAAACCCGAGAAACCGCUUCAAGUUCAACUGGCUUUUCUCUCCUCCAAAACAUUUUUUUAGGGUCUCAUUUCCCGUCGAGUCCUGGCCCUUUUGCUUUCAUAGCCGACUCCUCAUCCUCAUUACUAGGUACUCACAAUCUCCCUUUCUCAUCUUUAUACAAUAACCAACCACUGUUUGAGAAAAGUCCUGAAAGAGAAGAUCUUUUUCAAAACAUGGUGUGGUGGCAGAGACAUUUGCAAUGUGUACUUCGUCAAGUUGGGAGAAGAUUGGAAAAUAAUUAUACUCUGUCUGCCGACUAUUCUUCUUCUUCUCGCUUAAGCUCUUGUCUUUUACCUGGUGAACUGCCUAGUAGUCAGAGGUUGUUGAUAUCACCUUCUGCUAGCAUCUCAGCGCCUUUAUAUCAGUAUUUCCAAAAGUUGGGAAUUUCCACUUCAAGGAAGUUGCUAGCAGGUUCAUCUGAAGAGACACCCAUUCCAUCACCAUUAACUCCUGUUUUGGCAAUAAAUAGUGGAAAGACUGAAGAGAAGAAAGUUGCGCCUAAUCGCUCAAAAGUUCAAGCAGUGUUAAAGAACAUAAAACAGAGUCCUAAGAAGGUCAACUUGGUUGCUGCAUUAGUUCGUGGUAUGCGAGUUGAGGAUGCAUUAUUGCAGUUGCAAGUGACGGUAAAGCGGGCUGCUAAAACUGUCUAUCAGGUUAUCCACUCAGCUCGAGCGAAUGCUACCCAUAAUCAUGGAUUGGAUCCAGACCGUCUGCUAGUAGCUGAGGCAUUUGUGGGGAAGGGAUUAUAUUUGAAGAGAGUUUCCUAUCAUGGGAAAGGGCGAAGUGGAAUUAGAGAGAGACCAAGUUGCCGACUAACUGUUGUAGUGAGGGAGAUGACCGCUGAAGAGGAGGCUGAGAUAGCCAGGCUGAGAGUAAGCAAGUUUCGCAAGCUUACAAAGCGGGAAAGGCGACUUGUACCCCAUAAGCUUAUUGAAACCACUCCUAUUUGGAACCGCAAAGGCAAAACUAGCAGCCGGGAACCAAACGGCAUGGCUGCAUGAGAUUUCUCUAUCCCAUGAGUUUGCAUUUGAACAGAAAGUCUUUUAAGUGCUUAAAAGAUUGUAGUUAAGACUGUUGAAAAGUAAAGCUCUGGAUACAUGAGAAGCCUUGUAGUAGUACCAGGUGGUGCUCCAAUAUAAUUUUCAAUGGCUGGGUAUGGUUUUAAAAAUGUAGAA